AUGGAGUGCCAAGAGCAAGAGAAAGAAUUAUUUAGCCAAGAGUUUGAGGCUGCCAUUAAAACAGUGAAAGAGGAGAAACUAUUAAUAGGAGCUGAUAUGAAUGGCAGGGUAGGAAAGAGAAGAGAUGGGUAUCAGGAGGUACAUGGAGGCCAUGGUUUUGCAAUUAGAAAUGGAGAUGGGGAUUAUUUAAUAGAGAUGGCUCAGAGUUUUGAAUUGGCCUGUAUGAACACAUGGUUUCCAAAGUUAGAUAAGUACUUGACAAGUUAUGAAAGCGGAGGAGUACAGAGCAAAAUAGAUUACAUCAUGGUUUGA